CUCGACAUUCUGAUCGCGACUAACGUGGAGCAAGCAUCAAUGACCCAGCCUGGAGUCGACACAAUGUCCGAGGCAUCGUCCUUUGUCAGCCAAGGAAAAACACAUCUGAUCCUGUGGGCACUAGCAGAGGAAUAUAUCGACCAAGCGCGGGCCCUGUGCUUCGUUGCCACCACUCAGCCCGAUUCUCAGCCAAGUUGGCGAGAGCAUCACCAGGAUCUCAUUUUCUGCGCUAUUAAAUGCCUUGUGGCUUCCACCUCUCUGGACUCGCUGGCGAUGACCCAGCUGGACAAGGCCAAGUCACGCCUGCGGUUAGCCCAGAUCUUGUUUGACGAGACUGAUAGUCUGGAGAGAUCUCAGGAGGAAGUCGACAAAGCGAUCGUUAUUGCAGACGCUGUAAGCGGACAUCGUUGAUUAUGCCAUUAUGGAAUGCAAUGCGUUUUGUGAAACCUAG